AGUUUUAGCUCCUGCAGAACAUCAUCUCUUCAACUCUGAAGGACGUCUGUUCUCCUUCAGCCAUGAGCGACAGCGAUGAUGACGAUGUUCCCACCCUGUCUGCUCACACCCUGCAUGCCCUACAAGAGUUCUACAAGGAGACACAGACAGGUCCAGAUCACGAUACCACACCCUCGGACCCAUUCUCUGUGGGAGCAGUGCAGGAGGACUGGAGGAUGAGCCAGUUCUGGUACAGUGACGAGACGGCAGCACAGUUAGCAGAGGAGCUGGUGCGAGAAGCAGGAGAAGGCGGCAGGAUAGCGUGUGUGAGUGCGCCCAGCGUGUACCAGAAGCUGAAGCAGGGCGUGGUGGGCGGUUCUGACCAAGUGUCUGCUGUCGUGUUCGAGUACGACCGCCGUUUCUCCACCUAUGGAGAGGACUUCAUCUUCUACGACUACAACGAGCCGCUGUCCCUCCCCUCCAGAGUGGCUCCGCAGAGCUUCGACAUCGUCCUCGCCGACCCGCCUUACCUGUCCGAGGAGUGUCUGCGCAAAGUCGCCCAGACCGUCAAGUUCCUGAGCAAAGGCAAGGUGCUGCUGUGCACAGGAGCCGUCAUGGAGACUCUGGCUAAAGAACUGCUCAGUUUGACAAUGUGUCACUUUCUGCCCAGACACAACAAAAACUUGUCCAAUGAGUUCCGAUGUUUUGUGAGUUAUCCGUCCCAGCUGCUGCACCGCUGACGACUAACAGGCGCGACAUGAUGGUUCUGUUCACAGCCUCCGGCAACAAGAAUCAAGAGCUGCUUUGAAAAUGGAGAAAAAUGUUGUUUUUAUUUCAAACUAAUUAAAGUCAGAC